CACCAUUGGUGGAUCAAUAUUUAAUGCCUGGAGAUUCUGGCUCUGCAGGAGUCAUGUCAGGGGACCUCUAGAGCCAAUCUGCUUGGGUAGAGGAGCAAUAAUUAUUCAUGGGCUCCUGCCUCUUGCUCCUUCUCUUGCACAGCCCCACUCUGCUGACUCAGUGCCUUAUUCAGUCUUCUCUCCCUCUCUCCACUGCUGUAGCCGGACCCCUUUGCCUUCACCACCUCUGAGAGGCUGCACAUCCCACCAUGGCUAAAACAGCAAUGGCUUACAAGGAAAAGAUGAAGGAGCUGUCCAUGCUCUCCCUGAUCUGCUCCUGUUUUUACCCGGAACCUCGCAACAUGAACAUCUAUAAAUACGAUGACAUGGAAGUGAAACAAAUCAACAAACGUGCCUCAGGCCAGGCCUUUGAACUGAUCUUAAAGCCUCCAUCUCCGGUCUCAGAAGCACCACGAACUUUAGCUUCUCCAAAGAAGAAAGAACUCUCUCUUGAGGAGAUCCAGAAAAAGCUGGAGGCUGCAGAGGAGAGGAGAAAGUCCCAGGAGGCCCAGGUGCUGAAACAUCUGGCAGAGAAGAGAGAACAUGAGCGAGAAGUGCUUCAGAAAGCUUUGGAGGAGAACAAUAACUUCAGCAAAAUGGCAGAGGAAAAGCUGAUACUGAAAAUGGAACAGAUCAAAGAAAACCGUGAAGCUAACUUAGCUGCUCUUAUCGAACGUCUCCAAGAGAAGGAGAGGCAUGCCGCAGAGGUCCGUAGAAACAAGGAGCUCCAGGUGGAACUGUCUGGCUGAAGCACCAAUGGUGGAUGUGACCCAUCCCCACCAUUAGUAAACUCCCCCUGCCUAUAUUAUGGAUCAUGAGAUAUCAGUAUGGGAAAUGUAUGACAUGGUUUAAAAAAAAUAAAUAAAUAACUAAAUAAAUAAAUAAAAAUCAAGAACUCAAAGAAAGGGAAAAACAAACAAACAAACAAACACAAAAACCACAAACCACAAAAACCAACUUUAAGAAAGAAACAAAACAAAAACCCAUAGAAACAAACCCAAUGUGGUCUCUUUGCAGAAUGAUUUGCUUGAUGUUUAAAAAAACUUGGAUCUUAUUUUGUAAAUACUUACAUUUUUGUUAAAAAAUACAAGUAUUGCAUUAUGCAAGUUAUUUCAUAAUCUUACAUGUCCUGUAACAGGCUUCUGAUGUCGUCUACUUCCACCGGGUUGAAUUUGCUGGGUCUGUUCAUUCGGAGCACUUCGCGUCUAACCCCAUCCCCCUGCGCCUUCCCUUCCCACCCCACGAGGUCAGUAGUAGUUCUAUGGUGCUAGAGACCAGUCAUUGCCUAACGACCCAGGCUGCUUUGCCAUCAAUGAGCUUUGUUGAAACAGUGACUAGAUCACAGGUAAUCGUGACUUCAUGUUCUGCUGCCCGAGACAAGAGGCUCUUAAAGCGUAGUUUCUCCAAAGGCGACUCAAGCGCUGCAGGACUCUGUGGCGCGCUGUAAGAGUCGAGGCUGGAUUGCCGCAGGCAGCGCAACAAAUCCAUCCGUGCGACAGAACACGAGCAAAUGGGAACCCAUUCGAGGCAAAUUUAAGAGGCACGCUGUAACCAUCCAGCUGUGACAAAUCCUGGGCAAUGCCAAACAGCCAUACAAAUGCUAAUUGUAAAAGUGAGCUGCUUCCACCACUUGAAAAAUUUAUCGAUGGAGCAACCAAUAGAUAGCAUCGAGUGGCUUUAUCUGUAGGUGCCAUGAUCUAUGAUGCUUAUCUGAUGCUGCCACAUUAAGUGUGUAAUAGUACCAGAGGCUACCAAAUAUUUCACCUGGAACCCAUGAGCCAGUUACUACCUUCUUGGUUUUUUGACACUGCUGACUUCCAUUCAUCAUGAACUUUACUCUUCAGUGUUAUCUAACCCUACCUAGUGACAGACAUCUAGGAUUAAGAGGGCUGAAGCAGGAGGAAUGACUAGACAGGGUGCUUGUGCCAAGUACAGUAUCACCAAACCUAACACAUCGUCCCCAAAAUAGCUGCAGUUUUGAAGUUGUCCCUGCCCCCCCUGGAGGUUGCUGCCUGCAUAUUCUACUCUUCAUUAGUGCUAUUUUCCUGUAUGUCAUUGUGAGCAAGCUGUGAUUAAUAAAGAAUUGGGGUUCUGUGAACUGAAAAAGGGCUUGUCUCU